UGAUAACGUUUGAUUUUUCGUAACACAUCUCUAUUACCGCCUUACCGGUAACUAUCCAAAAUCUUGAGUCCAAAAAGAAAAUUAAAAAUGGAUAUAUUUCUCUCACUUAAGAAACUAAAAGAAGAAAAGAGUCAAAUCUUAAUCAGAAUCAUACUUGAUUAAUACGAUGAUAAAUAAUUUAAGUAUUUUAAAAAGUUGAAAACGACUAUCAUAAUAAAAAGGACGGAUGAUAUUGUCUGCGCCACUGGAAAAUGAAAAGUGUCAAAUUUUAUCAAACUUCUAUCUAUUUUUGAAUUUGUUGUAACCAAAUUGUUAAUUUUGAUUUCAACAAAUGGGUAUAGACUAGACACGUAAUCACCAUCUGUAAAGGUAGGCCAGCGGAAAAGCUGAUUAAAGGAAAAAAGAGUUGGACGGCUAAAAUGGCCCCAUAACUAUUUUAUAUUUCAUGAAAACAUCAAUAUUUCAUCAAAGUAUCGUUAUGGAGAUGAAGAACCUUCUCAAAGUUUUGUUUUUCUUGUUCGUUUACUUGACGUGUUCUAUGGCUAUGGUACCAUAUCGUGGUUGUGACGUUAUUGGAGUAGAUUUGGGAGAUGGAUCGGGCAAGUACGAGAAGAGAGUCUCCAAAGAGGGUUUUUUGUCGGGUCGUAAGUUAGUUUCUGGUCCGAGUCGUAGUUCUUGUGGUCACUAAUUGUCGGAAAAGUAAGUUUAGUAAUAAUAAGAACUUUAUUAUGUUAGUUCUCUUGUUUAUGUCUCUUCCUUUAGAGACCUAUGAAUAUUAUAAUGAGUUUUAACGAUGUGCCUAAUGAAAUGAAUGGCUUGCAAGUUGCAAUAUGAAUUUGUUUUGUUUUGAAUGUUUUAUAACUAACUGAAUAUACAUGACUUAUAAGCU